GAAGUCGACUCGCCAAGCUACUGGAUCAGCAAACUCGAGUUCCAUGGCGUCUCAACUCAAGCACGAGCUCGAACCUGGCUUUGUUUCCCCUUCGUUCGGUCAGUCAAACUACCACCUCCCGAUCGCUGCCGUCGCCCAGCAGGAAAAAUCCUAAACCCUACUGAGAUGUGGCGUCUCGGUCUCUCCCGGUGUCACGCCGCCGCAAUCGGAGCCGCCCCGUGCCUCCUUCCCCCCAACUCUUCCGCCGCCACCUUCGGCAACCUCACCCGAUCCUACGGACUGAUCCCAAUGGUGAUCGAGCAAACCUCACGCGGGGAGCGCGCCUAUGACAUCUUCUCCCGUCUUCUCAAGGAGCGAAUCGUGUGUAUCAACGGCUCCAUCUCUGACGAGACUGCCUCCGUCGUGGUUGCUCAGCUGCUUUUCCUGGAGUCCGAGAACCCCUCGAAACCCGUUCACCUCUACAUCAACUCUCCUGGCGGCGUCAUCACAUCUGGUCUCGCUAUCUACGAUACUAUCCAGUACAUCCGGUCGCCGGUCACCACGCUUUGCAUCGGCCAGGCAGCGUCCAUGGGAUCUCUUCUCCUCGCUGCUGGCGCCCCCGGCGAACGCCGUGCACUGCCCAAUUCCCGUAUCAUGGUACACCAGCCUUCUGCCUCCGGCAUUGGCGGUCAGGCAGUGGAUAUUGCCAUCCAUGCAAAGGAGAUCAUUAAGAUGCACGAGAGGCUCAAGGCCAUCUACAACAAGCACACCGGGCAACCGCUUGAGAAGAUUGAGAAGUUUCUGGACCGGGAUACAUUCAUGUCGCCGGAGGAGGCCAAGGAAUUUGGGCUUGUUGAUGAGGUCAUCGAACACCGGCCGAUCGCGCUGGUGACGGAUGCUGUUGGUGGUGAGAGUGUUGGGAGCAGCAACAACAGCAGGGGAACUUCAAUUGGUGAGCAAAAAGAGUAGAGUUUAGAAGCUCGAUGCCAAGAAAGUAAUGUGGACAACCCAUGAAUGUCUCUUGAAGAUACUACUUAUUUUCAAAGUUGAACACUUCGUUUCUAAUGAGAAAAUAUCAUCCGCAUACAUGAUGUGAAUCACCGUGUCAAAGGAAAAAGCAGUGGAUAAAGGGAGAAUAACCACUUGUGCUAUUUUGGAGGGGCAAUUUUCACUAAAAUCUUUUAGAGUUUGCUAACCCAUGGAUAAGGAUUUUGUUUUAGGCCGCAUAUUUUACCAAAGCUUA